UGUGUACAUGAAUAUCUUUUAGCUAAAGAAGAUAAAGAAAAAAGUACAGUUGAAGAACGUAUGUUAACAACAUCAGAAAGAGUUUCACAUAUGGUAACACGUGUUGAAACAUUAAAACGAAAUAGUACUCAACAAACAGGUUAUUUUCAAAACUUUGAUGAACGUUUACAACGUCUUGAAGAUAUGCAAGCAACAACGUUACAAUUACUUAAUGUUCUUGUACAAAAAAUGCAAACAUCAUCAUCAAAUGAUCAAACAACAUUAAUUGAAAAUGCUUCAACGAAAUCAUUGGAUAAGAAAAUAAAAGAAAUUGAUGAUGAUGAAAUAUUAAAUUUUACAGCUGUAUCAUCACCUGAUGAUGUGAAAUUCCCUAUAUCAGCUUUAUUAUCAUCGGGUACAAAUCGAGCUAUGCGUUCAUCAAGUCUUACAAGUCGAAAACUAACAAAUCCUAUUCCAAUACCAAAUUCAGCUCCACCACAAAUUAUUAUUGGACCAUAUUCAGAAUUUUUAUCGAUUAAAAAUUCAGGUGCAUCAACAUUACCAGUUAAUGAUGAACUUUUAGGUAUUGGAACAACAGCACUUAGUGCAUCAUCAUCAUCAUCAGUAAAUGUUAUUGAUGAUACAAGUUAUCCAGGUUUAUAUGAAGCUGAAGAAACAGAACAUAAUAUAUAUGGAAAAUUAAUUAAAGAACGUUUUCGUAAAUUAUCUGAAGUUGUUGAAGAUAUUGAAAGAACAUUACCAAGACAUCAACAACGUCAAGAUGACAAACGUGAUAAAUGUGAUAUAACAGAUGAUGAUGAAACAUUAUCAACUAUAGAUUGGGUUGAUACGACUGGACGUGUUGCAUAUAAUAGUACACAUGUAUCACGAUUUGAUGUUAGUCAAGAUGAAAAUGGACAAACUUUUAUUGCAACAACUAUUCAAGAUAUACAAGAAACAGACAAGAGUUCAAUGCCUGAUGUUAUAAUUCAUCCACCCUUUGAUGACAAUACACAAUCGACAUAA